ACUGUUCCAUCUUUUGGCGUUGCCCCAAAACUUUACUCUGUCACCUCCUUUCCCUCUCCUUUCACUCGCGAGAAAAACCCUGAUUCUUCGAGCUCAUUCUUCAAGCUCCUUCCUUCUUCUCUCACCGGUGACUUCCUCCGAUUUCUCACGGUGACCCUCGAGCCUCGGCAAUCCCUUCCGAUUUCUCACGGUAACCCUCGGGCCUCGGCGAUUCCUUCCGACUCCUCUACCGGCGCUACCAGACGGCCUCUCGCUGAUUUCGGUGACCGGCGAGCGGAAGAACGCUAGCGAGGUUCGCCUACGGUCUUUUCACCACGGGGGGAGUUCCGAUGUCUAGAUCGAAGCCGGGUGUCCAGUCCGGCCGUCGCCUUCCGACGCACUCCGAGAGGGUUCCCCCAUCGGCCGGCGGUACUCGAUUUGGACUCGCGCCUUUUGCGAAAGAUCGAGACAAACUACCGGAAGGUUCUUUCGACGCCUCGGUGGGGGUAAGCUUUUGCUAGCCCAAUCUUGGUUCAAUCUUGAUGUUUUUCCUUCCCGUAUUUUCCGACUCCCUAGUAGUCUUUCUGAGUUCAAAUCAUGGAGAGAUAGGCUCGAUCCUCUGUAUGGGGCACAAUGGCAAUCCUGGGGCAUUCGAUAUAUGCUGUCGGUAUGUACUGAUUUUGUCCCUAGCGAGCAUCAUAUGAUCAAAUCCCUUUUGUGCUUUUGGAGCCCUUGUAUAAAUGCGUUUGUGCUCCCUUUCGGAAUUGUGGCCCCAACUGUAUUGGAUGUGGUUGCAAUCUUGGGCCUUUCAUCGAAAGGAAUAGAACUCCCUUUAUCUCCCUCGCACAAUUCCGAUCGAUUGUCCAUUCCCGUUGCUUAUGACAGUAACACCACCGUGGGUCAAUUCAUUGCAUCGAAUAUGCUUUCUGGCCCCGUCGAAUCUCUAGAACACAAUGCUUUCCUGAUGUCUUGGUUGAGCAAGUAUUUUGUUUGUUAUGCGUUGAAGGGGUUUGUUCGGGAGGUGGAACCGAUUGUACACAUACUCACGUCUGGGGCGGAGAUAGACUUGGCUUCGUAUUUUUUUAUGGCUGUUAUACCGUGGGAUAAACGAGUUCUUGGAAAAACUUUCUGUCUCUUCUUCCCGCGAGCCAAUCGGAGCGGGUCCUCUAUGGUUUCUUGAAUUAUGGGUGCGGAUGUAUUUCCCACAUUUGAUCAGCCCGCGUCCUGAAUUUCCCUCUCCACUGGUCAUACCUUUAGGUCUUCAUUUGGCCUUGUGUGCCCCUUUUCCGGGUGAUCUUCAUUCGCUCACUCACUCCCUUUUGCAUGAGACUAAUCGGCCUCCGGCCGAUUUUAGCCCUUUAUCAGGUUUUCUCUCAUCUCGUGACAUCUCCGUGAGUUGGAACAAAUGUCUUACUGCUCGCAUCUUAAUUGGGGGGUUAUCGGUAGCCUCUCGAUAUAACCCCAUACUAGGAGAAGUUUAUCAACCCCAGUAUUGCGCACGCCAGUUCGGCCUGGUCCAGACAAUUCCCCUUUUUGGUUUUUUUUUGCCGCCCCCUCUCUCUGCGGGUCAGGCGUUGGGAUCGUCUCUCCUUGAUGACUGGCGUACUUACAUCCGCGAUAUAGAAGAACUGCCACACUCGCCCCAUGCUUUUAAUCCGAACACGCUGCCUUCCUUCGAUGACUGGUGGGCUGAGUUUUUAGUCCAUUCGAACGCGGCGGCUCUUCAGCAGUCCCUGACCGAUCCGGAUAACCAGCAUUCGGGUAGCGAGGAUCCUCCCGAUGCAGCUUCUGAUGAGGUGGAGGAGGUUUUAAUAUCUUCGGCCACAGGUACCCCUCCCGCGACGGAUGCCCUAUCUAUGCCACUUUUGGCCAUUCGCCGUUCUCGAAGAUUGAUAUCGAAACCUGCCACGACCAAACCACGGCCGAAGCGCCCUGCCAAACGGCCAGCUCCAUCGCCACCCUUUCAGACUCUUCCCAAGAGAACUGCUUCCGUAUCCUCUGUUGUUCCCACCGAAGAUUCUCCUUCCUGGACAUCUCCAGAUCAUGUAUACAUUACUUUUCCCUUUCUCCGUAAGAAUGUAUUUCUGAUGACUUUUCUUGGCAGGUUCUGCACGCGGGGACAGGUUUCGAGACUGUCGCCAAGUCGCCUAAAAGAUCAGCUUCUCCCUCGCCAUCUUUCCCGGUCCUGCGAGGGGUUACUACUCCGGGAGGGUCGGUUUAUUCGGCCCGGGUUCGCUCUCCAGCUUCCCCCGGCCUGAGCUUGCCCUGCCGUCUCUUUCUCCGUCGACUCCAUUGGCCCUGAAGGUUGUUCUCACCGACGUAGAGGCGUAUUUCGCUCAAAACCUUGUUGCCGAAGCUUCUGCCCCAGUCAAUAUUGAAUGCCCAGAUCCCUUUAGUGGAUAUCAAUCGGCUCUACCGGAGGACUCAGCCAUCUUAGACAACCUGCAAGCAUCCGUUCUAACAGCAGUUGCUCCGUUGUCGCUGGGCCUGCCGCGUCGCCAACAGCUAGAGGAUCUUGCCGAUUACCUGGGCGAGAUUUCUGGUCGCCUGAAGAUGCUGCAAAGUGUUUGAGGCAUGAAUGAUAACAAACUCAAAGAGUUAGCAGCCCUGGAGACAGAGAAGGCGGCUUGCGCUCGGAGUUUCCUAGCCGAAAAACAACAUGCCAAUGACGAAACAGCAUAUGUAGAAGGUCUCUACGCCGAGGAAAAAGCUUUACGUUUGGAAUUAAGCAGGAUAGAAGGACGUCUAAGAGAGAUCCCGCUGGAAAUAGCGCGGGUAACUGCAAGUCUCGCUUCCAGGACCACCCGUAGGAUGGAGAUGUAUGAUCGUGCAAGGGCGUUGGACGAACCUUUAUCUGGGCUCUACGAUAAAAGGCUUAUUUUUUAGAAGAACCUUAAACGGGCGGAUAGGGGUUUAGAGGAGUUGCGUCUCCUCUGGCCGAGUGUGACAGCUUCAUGGGCUUCUUUGCGCCCAGGGACUUCAGAACCCGCCGGUCGCUUUCCUCCCAUGCGGGUCGCUGUAGCUGGGGAUUCGUAUGUCACCGGGACGGCGUCUAAUCCACCAGUCUCAAGUGCGUCUGCCGCGAGUAUUGGGCUCGUUGAUGUUCGCAUUGCGCACGAUGCAGACUCGGGUGACUCCCCUACAAGCUAGUAAUUUAGCUCAUGUUUGUGUAAUUUUCGACUUGAAUCUGUCCCUCCCCUUUUGUUUUUGUAUCCCCUUGUGACAGUGGUCUACGGAUGGUGAAAGGGUCUGUUUUGCCUGUGAAUCAACCAUCUUGUUAAUAAGGGAUUCACCUUCUAUUCUAGAUCCCAGACGGACGGAUAGAACCGCUUAAGAUAUUUGCCGUUAAUGACCGUUUUCGACUUUUUCCCUUCGGGUUCCAUUAAUCGGUAUGCUCCCCCAGUUGUCUUGGCCGAUACGAUGAAUGGCCCUUCCCACGACGGUGACCAUUUUCCUAAUUUCGGAUCCUUUGGUCCAAAUGGAAGAAUGGCCUUCCAAACCAUAUCACCCUCCUGGAAGGUCUGAGAUUUAACAUGCCUUUGGAAGGCCCUUUCCGCUUUUUUCUUCUGACUUCGUAUAUGUUCGAGUGCUUGCAAUCUUUCUUCGGGCAGAACGUCAAGCUCCUGUAGUAACAUUCGAUCAUUUUCCUCUAUAGCGAAUCCGUUUGCUUACAGAAUCUGGAGGGAUGGUACCGUAAUUUCCAGCGGGAGUACAGCGUCAUGUCCGUAAGUCAGGCGGUAGGGGGUGCUACCAGUCACUGAUGAUUUGGCGUUCCGGUAUGCCCAGAGCGCUUCGUCCAACGUAUCGUGCCAACUUCGUGGGUUAUCCUCUAACACCUUUCUGAUGAUCAAAAUUAACGCCUUAUUCGUCGCCUCGGCCUGCCCGUUAGCUUGCGGGUAGUAGGGAGACGAAUGGAGCAAUUGAAUUCCGUACUGAGCCAUAAAUGCUUUGACUUUCGCCCCCAUGAGCGCUGUACCUUGAUCGGUAGUGAUAGUUUUGGGAAUAGCCGAACCUGUGGAUAAUAUUUACUCUGAUAAAGCGUAUGAUGUGGCUUUGCUGCACUUUGACGAGUGGUAUGGCCUCUGCCCAUUUUGUGAAGUAGUCGGUGGCCACAAGAAUGAACGAAUGCCCCUUAAAAGACGAGGGGUGGAUUUUUCCAAUUACAUCCAUCGCCCAGCCCAAGAAAGGCCAGGGCUUAACGAUCGAAUGGAGUUCUUCCACGGGGAUCUUCCGGAGGGGUCCAUGGCGUUGACAGGCUGGGCAUCCGCGUGCGUAAUCGAUGCAAUCCUGCGAUAUCCGCGGCCAAAAAUAGCCAUAGCGAAGUAUCGUCCAUCUCAUCGUAGGUCCGGCCCUAUGUGCGCCUCCAAUACCCUCAUGAACUUCAGCCAUGACCUUCCGUGCUUCUUCGCACCCUAAGCAGCGCGUCAGCGUCCCGUCCGACCUUCGUCGAUAUAGUUCUCCAUCGAUUUGAGUGUAUUUUGUGAGCUGAUAUCGCUCAACCUUUGUCGUGGCCUUCCUGGGGUCAGCUAGCCCUUCCAGCAAGGGAGUUUUCCAAUCCGGACUUGGCCUAUCGAUCUGUGAACAUUCGACUUCUCGAGGCAUGCGUUCCCUUCUGAAACCGGACGCCCACUGUGCCAAGUCGUUUGCUUCCGCAUUUUCAUCUCGGGGUAUAUCUUCUAACACUACGUCUGUGAGCUGCUGCAAUAGACUAUGGACUUUGCGAAGAAGGAUCUGAAGCUGCGGAUCUUUACACUUGAAUUCUUUAAAGGCCUGUCGGACAACUAAUUGAGAAUCCCCGCGGAUGACUACCUUCCUGACUUUUCGGGCUACGAGGAAGCGUAAAGCCAACAGUAAAGCUUCAUAUUCAACUGCCCAUACUUCUGACAUUCCUGGCAACCUUUGGCGAAUUGUAUACAAUCUUCAAAAAUCUUUGGCCAAAAGAAACCCAAAUGAUGGAUAGCCCAUCUCAUAUUUAAACCUACCCGAUGAGCUCCACAAAUUCCACUGUGUACUUCUGUCAUCACCUCCAAAGCCUGUUUGGACCCCAAACAUUUUAGGAGUAAUCCUUCGAAUGUUCUUUUGUAUAUUACUCCUUCUAACAAUUGAAAUCGUAACGCUUCAACCGUAUUCCAAUCGGUACAUUCACUCCUGAAUCUUGUAGAUACUUGAUAAUUUCUGUCCUCCAGUCAGUCCCAGUUUUUAUUUCAGGGCCGACCUCUGCACACAUAUCUCUUGGGAUUCUUUUACAAGCUUUUUGAGCUAAUUCUUCUGCAAAUUGAUUUUCCCUUCUAGGGAUGAACUCAAUUAUCACUUCGGAGAUCUUUGAUAGCAACCGACCUACCACAUCUCUGUACCUGCGUAGAUGGAGAUAAUUGCAAACAUAUUGUUUGCUUACUUGGUUGAUUACCAAUUGAGAAUCCCCUCUUAUGAUCACCGAUUGAACUUUCCUGGCUAUCAAGGCUUCUAAUCCCAAGAUUAAAGCCUCAUACUCUGCUGAAUUAUGGGUCAUGGCUUCUAAUUGCAACUGCAAUUUGACCCUUUGACCAUCUGGUACCUCCAACAAAACACUUGCACCCGAUCUGUUUCCUGAGGUAGAACCAUAAAAAAACAUUAACCAAUUUCGGGUACUUACAUAAGAUAUGUAUCUGGUCGGUUCCUAUUCAUAGCCUGCAAAGUCUGCCAAAAAAUCUGUUAUUGCUUAGCCUUUCACCGCCCUCAGGGGAGAAUGAUACAAAUCGAAAGGAGCUAAUUUAAUGGCCCAUUUCAUAAGUCUGCCCUGCAUAGUAGGUCUUUGCAAAAUUAACUUGAUGAGAUCAAUCCUUGAAAUAACCUCAAUUCUCCUGGGCAACAUAUAAUGCUCGAGUUUAGUGCAUGCAAAAACCAAUGAAUAACACAUUUUUUCUGGCAUAGUAUAAUUUAAUUCUGGUCCUGUGAGAGUCUUGCUCAAAUAAUAAAUUGCCCUUUCCUUUCCAUCAUCUCCAUCUUGUACUAAAAAGCAACUGACCACUUCAUAUGUAUUUGCAAAAUAAAGUUUGAGGGGCCGACCUUCCUUGGGAGGCAUCAACACGGGUGGUUGAGUCAAUGAUUGCUUUAUAGCUUCUAAAGCUGUCUGUUGGUCUGGUCCCCACUCAAAGGCGCUUCCUCCUACUUUCAAUAAUUUAGUGAUUGGUCUGACCAUGCCAGCAGCAUUAGAAAUAAACCGUCUAAGGUAAUUUACCUUCCCCAAGAGACUUUGAAAUUCCUUAACCGUCUUGGGCGGUCGGCUGGCAAAAAUUGCCUUGGCUUUAUUAGCAUCGAUCUCAAUUCCCCUUUUAUGAACCAAGAAUCCCAAGAAACUCCCGGCUGAGAUACCGAAAGCACACUUAGUCGGGUUCAUCUUCAAUUUGUACUUCUUCAUCCGACUGAAAGCUUCUUUAAGAUCUUUCAAAUGUUCCUCAAAACUGGAAGAUUUACCAAUGAGAUCAUGAAAAAUUGAAUUCAUGGCCCUAUGAUAAGUCGCCCCUGCAUUCUUCAAACCAAAAGGCAUAACUGUCCACUCAUAAAUACCUAGAGCUCCUGGACAUCUAAAUGUUGUCUUGUGAAUGUCUUCUUCUGCCAAAAAGAUUUGGUUAUAUCCUGCAUAACCAUCCAUCAAA